UCUCUACAUGUGUAUGCCUCUGCUGAGUCUACUCUAGAACAAUAUUUAUUAUACAAUAUUAUAGAUCUAUACGAAGUGUAUGUCACUGUGACUGUAUGUUCAUAUCAAGGCCUAGUUUUAUAGUAAAAUAUUGUGAAAUGUCGGACAAUGAGCAAGAAUGCAUACAAUUUUCUGGCUCAUCAAAGAAAGCCAAGAAGUUAGAAGAUAUGAUUCCCACAUUUACUCAUUCAGAGGCAAUGAGCACUGCUCAGGAAAUGUUAGCUGGUCUAAUUGUGAAUGACCCUUUGCUUCGAGACCUUGAUCCCCAUGUAACCCUCGAAGAAGUGAAUUCAAUGAUAGCUCUAGAAUAUGGCCAGGCAAUGGUAGUCAACGUCAGAAGGCAAGACAAUGAAAUUGUCCCCAUUGUUGUUACCCAGAAGGCCAGAGUCAUUGAUCUGAAGCAUGCAGUAAAGAGACAUUUUACACUGAGACAGAUCAGAACAGGAGGCAGUACUCACAUUAGCUGGAAGUACAUCUGGAAACGCUACUGGCUUAGUUACAAUGGUGAAAAAUUAACAGAUGAUAACAAAAAGCUAAAAAACUAUGGGAUACGUAACAGAGAUAGUGUCACAUUCGUUAAGAGGCUGCGUGAGAGGUGAUUUGUCUUCCUAGUCUGCUGCCACUGUUGACUAGUGUGGGCCAACGGCUCGACACAGUGUUACACUUGAGAUCUCGAUGGCUGUGAUAGUAUGGGCGCCAGCUCACACUAGGGGAUUCUUUUGUAAGUGUUUAUAAGGGAGGGAGUGUACCCUAACCCACUGCACUUUUGCAAGCCAAUACCAUCACUUGUGUUUUAGUGUUUGAUGUUACAUUGUAUACAAACUUGAGCCUUUAACUGCCAGCCUCUUUCUGUCACGAGGAUCAAAAUAAAAGUCAGACUCGCCGGCAUUGAAGAUCUUACUUGGGUUUGUGAAUAGAGCAGGAUCUAUGCUAUUGAUACACUCCAUGAAGGUUCUAAACCAUUUCCUGCCUAGGGACAUGAGGGUUCUUGAUGCUAAAUGCAGCUAAACCCAGACACGCCAUCAAAAAACCAGACUUGCCAGCAUUGAAGAUCUUACUUGGGUUUGUGAAUAGAGUAGGAUCUAUGCUAUUGAUGCACUCCAUGAAGGUUCUUAACCAUUUCCUGCCUAGGGACAUGAGGGUUCUUGAUGCUAAAUGCAGCUAAACCCAGACUAGCCAUAAAAAAAACAGACUUGCCGGCAUUGAAGAUCUUACUUGGGCUUGUGAAUAGAGUAGGAUCUAUGCUAUUGAUGCACUCCAUGAAGGUUCUAAACCAUUUCCUGCCUAGGGACAUGAGGGUUCUUGAUGCUAAAUGCACCUAAACCCAGACUCGCCAUCAAAAAACCAGACUUGCCGGCAUUGAAGAUCUUACUUGGGCCUGCUGUGAAUAGAGUAGGAGCUAUGCUUUUGAUACACUCCAGCCCAGCCACCGCUUUCUAAUGAGUACAGUGUCACCUAGAGAUAUGAUCUCUCCUGUCUGUUUAGAGUCUUGUGCUUCUUUCCCUUUCAAUGUCUCUUGUUGUAACUUAGUAUAGGCUCUUCUGUGAGCUUCCUUGCGUCUAUCAAUGUGAGUUUGGAGCCACUUAAUGUCAGGCUCUGUACUCACAUUGUCUGCCUCUGUCCUAAUAAGAAAAUCAAGUGGAAGCUUGGGUAGUCUGCCGAACAUUAGCUCUUAUGGAGCGAAUCCAGUGGCUGUAUGUGGGGUACAGUUGUACAUAAAAACUAACUCUGGGAUUUUGUCAGGCCACCUUUAUUUCUUGCUGGGUGGCAACGUUCUAAGCAGAUCAUGCAGGGUCUUGUUGAACCGCUCACACUGCCCAUCGGCUUGGGGGUGGUAAGGAGUGUACGUAACUUGUUAAUGCCUAGGGAGGAACACAGUUCGGCAAUUAAUUGCGACUCAAAGUUUCUGCCUUGGUCUGAGUGGAUCCUCAGUGGAACCCUAUAAUGUAGAAACCAAUCUUUGAUGAGGACCCUAGCAACUGUACUAGCUCGUUGAUUUUUCGUGGGAAUGGCAAUUGUAUACUUUGUAAAUACAUCUGUAAGGAUGAGGACAUCUUCCUUUCCAUCCGUGGAAGGUUCUAACCUGGUAAAGUCAAUGGCUAAGAUUUCUAGAGGCUAGUAUUCUACCAGCAGGCCCCUUUGGUAUCCGUGUGGGUAGUUUAGCCUCCUGGCAUCGUUCGCAUCUCUGUAUAUAGCUUGUCACAUCAUGAUACAUUUUUAGCCAGUAGCAUCUUUGUCUUAGUUCAAUAGUCCGCUCCCUUCCUUGAUGCCCCAAGGAGUGAGCUGAUGAUAUUACUUGUUCACGAAGUUGGCUGGGAGUAAGAACUGGUUAUAGGUCUGUCCAUCUUGCUGAUACUGCCUAUACAAAAUGCCAUCUGAUUCCUUCACUUUCUUUUACUGAUUUAUUAAUUAAAACUAUAAGAAAUGAAACAAACAAACAAAAGACAAAGCAACAAAUAAAACAUUUUUAAAGAAAGGAAAUAAUUUUAAUAAAAAAAAUUAUUCACUCUCAACACACAAAUCACAAUUAAAAAAUACUAUUCAGUUUGGGCCCAUUUACCACCAGCUACACACUGAAUCCAUUGUUCUCCAUGUGUAUCUUCUGAGAACAUGCCAUUACAAUAUAUACACGGACUGUCUUCAUCAUCAUCUAGAUUCGAUGAUUUGCCUUUUGAUUUCCUUGCUUUGUGCUGAUUUGGGACACAUUUUGAAGUGGACGGCUCACCUAGUGUCUGUUUGUAUGGUGAGCACGUCAUAACAGCGGUACAUCCUUUGCGUCGCCCUUUCCCUUUGCCUCGUUCACAAUUAGCCACCGGGAAGGACUAAUGUUAGCUGGUCCCCAGGAUUUGUUAAGAGGUUCCUGAUCACCAAGUUUUAAAUUUGAACUGCUGGAUGUCGAUGGUAAAUCCAUCGCAGUGUUAAUUUCUUGUUCCCCAAUUUCUUUUGAUGCAGGUGCUACCUGUGUACAUCUGUCGUCUCCGCUGCCUUAAAUUUUGUCUUGCCAGGUUUAUUGCAUCUAGAUUUUUUGUAUGUGAGGCAUGUCCAUCUAAAUUAUUGAAGCUGGGUUUAACUGACUGGGCUUGACAAAGUUGAUAAAAUGUCGAAGCCAUUGUGUGAAUAAAUCCAACUGAAUCCACCCAGUCUUGUGGCAAGCAUAAAUGGAUCCAGGUGGUGCUCCAUCUUCAUCCGUUGUCGAGGAAAGAUAAACAUUGGAGGGACAUAAUCACCAGCUGCACUCAUGCAUAUCACUGUUGUUCCUGUCUCCCCCCCCCCCCUCUCUUUCAGCUGAUGACAGGAUUCCAAUUUGCUUUUUCUCUUUUAGUGCUAUAAUUUUAGCAUUGUUAGAUUGCACUGUUGUGAUGCCUUUCUCAUCCAUGUUAUAAAUUUGAUUAGCUUUGAAUUGCUUUAAAUCUUCUUUUUCCAAGAGAUCAAAAAAUUUCCCUAAUUGACUUUGUUACAAGCAGUAAUUCGAGCAGCUGAAGUUGAUUCUGGACUUUGUAAAGAAAGUUCUGGGUGCAUAGUUAGAAAUUAUAUUAGCCAGCCUUUGCUUGCCAUUUCAUUGUCAAUGCUGAAAUCAGUCUUAAUAUUGUUCAUUUUAGUGGUGAUAAAUGCUGUUGCUCAAUGUACACGUCUCAACAUAAUAAAAUGUGAGGUAUUGACCUGGUUGUAAAAUCAAUAGUUAUUAAGUCCAAAUUUGACAAUGUGACAUUUGUGGAUGAGAGACAAGGUUCUCAUACACAAUAAUUUAUUCAGGUUAGUUCUUUUGAUGAGAUAUUGUAUAAUUGUAUUGUAUAGAUAAAGUUCAUUACUCACCUGUGUAGUUAAUUCAAGACGUCGUCUAAGUUAACAUAAUAAUCAUAUGGGAGUAAGAGUUUCAUUGAGCUUCUGUAUUGAAUUCACUGUUAGUAGAAAAACUUCGUGUGUGACCUAGUUCAGGGGUCGGCAACCUUUUGAGUCGGAAGAGCCAAAAAUUACAAUUAACAAAAUUUUAACGUUUCUAAAGAGCCACAAGACUUUUUUUUUCUUUCGAACAUUUCGUUAAGAAUUCUUUAAACUGACGAUGCUGUUAAAAAUCUUGAUUAACAAAUUCAUGACCUCAACUAUUUCGUCCGGAAAUGCUUGGACACAAAGCGCUUCUUGGUAUAUUAUGCAGUGAAACGUAAAAAUUUCAUGGUUUAAUUUUGCGCCACAGAAUCGUAGUCGCCCCGUUAUUUUUUCCUGAUAUACUUCAGGCUCCAUCAGUUGCUAUUGAAACGAUUUAUUUAUAUCAAUUUUAUUGUCUUCAAUGUAUGUUCGCACCCUAUCUUUUCCUCUAGUUUGUCACGAGAGCGGCAGCAAUCCUAGAAGCUCUUCUUUUGGAACUUGGGAACACAUAUACCUGACAAAAAGGCCAACUUGUGCCGUGUCUUUUAUGUCGUAAGACUCAUCUAUAUCAAGUGAUAAGGCAGAAGAAAAUUGAAUAUCUUCCACCUGCAAAUAUGUUACUUUUCAAGACAUGGAGAGGGGUGCGCUGAAAAGCGAGUACAAGUGGCUGAGAGAUAGAAUCGAAUCAGAACAAUUUUUUAAAGUAGUUUUUUUUUUAUAAAAUAAAUAAUAUUUGCACAUGGAACUAAAGAGCCGCAGCUUAACAUCCAAAGAGCCGAAAGUGGCUCUCGAGCCGCAGGUUGCCGACCCCUGACCUAGUUGUGUGUAGGGUCAUGGUACAAUUUAGGUCAGUUACUGAGAAACUUGUUUAUUUUCCAAGGAUCAGCGUAUUAAAAUAUUAAAAGAAACUACUUCAAUAGUUACUGUAUAGUUUAUGUGCCACAUAAUAAUUCAAUCAAUCCUUUGUUUUUCAUGAGAAGGCCAUUUUGGAAAUAUGGUUCAUUUGCAAGGUUUGGUUGAUUGUUUGCUUGAGCCUUCUUGUACAUUCUUUGUAAUAUUGAGUCUAGCUUCUGUUCGAUCUUGAAUUCGUCAUGUUUGAACUGUUGCUUUAUAUUGGUAUUAUCAGUUAAUUCACUGGUAACUGGUUCUAAGUGAUUCUGUAUGGUCUGGAUAUUUGCGUUUGCUAUGGAUUCAUUUGGGCUAAUUUGUUCAGAUUCUAAAUGUUCGUGUGGUUUGGACAAAUACCUGGUAACGACAGCAUAUCAUUCUUGUCUUAGUUCAAUGGUAUUUGCCCAAUCAAUGAGUUCUUGUGGAGUGCAGUCUCGGACUCCUUUUACCAAUGUUGAGAUCCACUAGUAAGUUGCCAGCAACCAAAGCUUCAGUUUGACCACUAAAAAAUGGUGUUGUGAUGUGUAUCAUGGCUUCAGGUAGUCUGCUAACUGUACCAUUGAAUGCUGUGGCUUCAACAAAGUUGCCUGUGAGUUGAUUUGGCUUGACAAAGUUUUCAUGUAUUAUUAUGGAUGUACUUCCGAUGUCACGUAGCACUUGCACUUUCUGAUUUCCUACCAGACCUGGGUAACAUUUGAGACCCUUCGUCUUGGCUAUAACAGCCAUUGUUGAGUGUUCAUUGCUAUCGUUUCUGGUAUAAAAGCUUUUCUUGUGUACAUUACAUGGUUGUUUUGAAUCUUGAGAAUGGCUUCUGUAAUGAUGUCUGUCAUUGGAUUUAUAGUUUCUUGUGUACAUUACAUGGUUGUUUUGAAUCUUGAGAAUGGCUUCUGUAAUGAUGUCUGUCAUUGGAUUUAUAGUUUCUUGUGUACAUUACAUGGUUGUUUUGAAUCUUGAGAAUGGCUUCUGUAAUGAUGUCUGUCAUUGGAUUUAUAGUUUCUUGUGUACAUUACAUGGUUGUUUUGAAUCUUGAGAAUGGCUUCUGUAAUGAUGUCUGUCAUUGGAUUUAUAGUUUCUUGUGUACAUUACAUGGUUGUUUUGAAUCUUGAGAAUGGCUUCUGUAAUGAGGUCUGUCAUUGGAUUUAUAGUUUCUUGUGUACAUUACAUGGUUGUUUUGAAUCUUGAGAAUGGCUUCUGUAAUGAUGUCUGUCAUUGGAUUUAUAGCUUCUUGAUGUAGGCUUGUCAAAGUAUUUGCUUCUGUAAUAAGGUCUGUCAUUGGAUCUAUAAUUUCUUGAAGUGGGUGUCAGGUUUAGGAAUAGCUGUACACAAUUAAUGUCCCGGGGUUCCACCUGACAAGACAUCACUCACACACAGUCAUACAUAGAGUGACCAACUAUGUGAAUAGUUUAAAUAACAAAAAUUAAAUGAAUUUAAUUGUAUGAAACUGAUAUAUGUGUAUGUACAAUGAAGAUGAUAAAUAGACAAUAUAUAUAUAUAUAUAAUAUAUAAAUAUAAAGAUAUUAUUCAACAAUUAAUUUAAGCACCUUUGCUACUGCUAUCAACUUGUCACCCUGGUUUCAUAGUCCACCGGACUCUGACCGACUGGCGUCACAAAACUGCCAACCUCGCUAAUAGUAAAUUUAGACCUCAGGUGAUCGCCAAUUUGACAAUGACACUGAAAACUGUAAUAUAUAUUUCUGAGACGGCAAGCGACGCCCACACUAGCACAGACUCGAGCUCAGUAUAUACAACUCCAACACUGGCACCCUAUAAACGAAAUAAACACAAAACUUAACUUCUACUCUAAAACUAGAAAUAGUGACAACCUCAUACAACAUACAAUAAGACAUAUCACCAACGAAUAACUCACCCUAAACAGAGUCCAAAAAUCCUAUUGAAUAAUAAGUCUGAGAAACUAGUACAGACUAUAGAUAUAAUAACAUUUUACGAACCAACACACCGUCCGUUCCAACCAAAGUCAGAGGGUGAACUGCCUCAUGACAAAGAAUGACCAAUAGAUGUCACCGGACUUAGUGACGUAGCAAAACAAUUCAAAACAAACAUACAAGGCACUCUCGCCCCGUACAAGUACUACGAGUAUAGGAAAUAAAAAGAGUUAGGAUAACUACGCGACAGUGGGAUUGUCAGAGUAUUGAUCUCUGGUAUUGUUUCUUUCUGCAUUCAUGGACUUGGUGACCUCUCAAAUGGCAGUAUGAGCAUUCAAUUAUUUUGGUGCGGCAUUGUGAAGCAAUAUGACCUUUAUUGUUGCAUCUAUUGCAAAAUAUUUUUUCGGUCUUUGGAUAAUGUGGAGUUCUUUAAUCUUGUGAAAAACAAAGUUUUCUUCUGCUGCUGGUUAGACUGGCUUGUUUGGGUAGGCAGCUUUGUAUUGUCUUAUAAUCUUUGUUAGAGUUUGAACAUCUGGAGGGCUUCUUUCUAUGAUGUUAUCUGGAGGGCUUCUUUCUAUGAUGUAUGACUGGAUGUCUUCAGCAUGAGCACGGGUAAUGCUGUCAAUUAUUAAAUGUUGUCUGAGUGCUUGGUAAGUGUUGUCCUAUUUUGGCAAGAGAUGUCGUCAAACCACAUUGUCAUGUUUGACACAAAUAUUUGAGGAUCAUCUUCUUGUUGGUCUUUCACCAUAAAACUUCUUUCUGUAAAUGUCUGGAAUUGCACCGUACUGGCGCAAUAAUGCUUCUUUGAUGUCUUUGUAAGUAUUGCGUUCAUUGAAUGAUAAUUGAGAACAAAUGUCAACUGCUUUGCCGGUAAGUAGACCAAGGAGUGAGCUGGACCACUGCUUUUCUGGUAGGCCAGACGCUGUUGCUAACUCUUCAAAUCGUAAAAGAUAAGAGUCGAUAUUGUCUUUAGAUUCUUGGAAGGAAGCUAUUUUGGACAUAAGUUUGUAUCUGUCGAAUACAUUGGUGCUUUCUCGAUUUGUGUUUUGUUUUAACUGUCCUUUAGUUUAUUUUCUUCAAGUCGGAUGCUUUGCUUUUCAUCUUCCAGUUUCUGUUUUUCAAGUUCUCUUUCUUUUUCUUCUGCUUCUCUAUCUUGUCGUUUUUCUAUUUUUUUUUAAUUUUUUUUUUUUUUGCUUGAAAUUCUCUUUCUGAGUCAAGUUACUGUUGAGCCCAUGUAACUUGUUCAUGUGAGGUAUGUUGAGCUUUUCUGCUUUAUCAAGUAGUUGUAACAGAUUCAUUGUUGUUGAACUUGACAAGAUGAAACAAUUAGAUCUAUUGGCUUUAUGAAUAUAUGAGCUUGGAUUUCGAAGAUGUCAGCUGAUAAGAUGAGUUAAGCCUUACUUGAAGAUGUCAGCUGAUGAGUUACUGUGACGUGAUGUGUAUUCUAUAUAAUGUCUAAAUCUCUAUAUUAACUAGUAGAUUCGAUGAAGAAGAUCUCUUUGAUUCAAACACAGAAACUUUAAUUCUUAACUUGGAAGCACGAACGUAUAAUACAGCAUUUACAAAGUGAACUGUAUCAAGAAUAUGAAAUAUUUAAAUCAACUACUAGAUUUAGUACAAGUACAAAACUAUUGAUUCUAACUCAAGAAUAAUAUACGUCUUGCCUCUAUCAGAUUCAAUCCACGACUGAUUUCUAGAUCCCGCGUCUGUUCUACCCACGUGUCUGUCUUGACCUUUUAAUUAACAUAAAUGCCUAAACAAUCAAACCACCUCUCCAACCAAUCAAAUGAUUUACUAUCAGGUGUUACAUGCGUGAUCGCUACGUCAUUGGAAUUUCCUAGGUUGAACUAACCUUGAGGAGUUUUAUUUUAAAUUAUUUAAUAUAUAUUAUAUUAAAUAAAAUAUUUGACAAUGAUACGUGACAUUAAGACAUGGUUAUAUUUUACAAUGUUUGUUCAAUUUUUCUUCAUUUGAAAUCAAAUUUUUAUUGACAAUUGUAAAUUUGAAAGCAGCAUCUGAAUCCUGUUCCAGCCCAUCACCCCACAAACUGGCUCAUAAUGAGUGUCAGUUUGCCAAUAACACUUUACAAUAGGCGUCAGCGCCGUUCUCAAAAACAUGCCUAUGACUUGAUCUAUUUUUGUUUGAUUAGUCUCUAUAGUUCUUAUACACUUUAUUAUUCAUCUGCAUAUUUUACAACCAAUUCUAGCAUCAGUAAGAAAAUUAAAAAAAAAAUGCAUGAAUGAAUGAGCUUCACAGUUUUUAGGAAGCUCUAGUACUGUGCUCCUGAAAACUCAGUCUUACUUGGCUUAAUCCUUUAGACUCCCAGAGCAACAUUGAGCUUCAACAGUACUUCACCAUCUAAUUUUCUUCUGGGCCUCGUUCAUCAUGCCAUUUUGGCUUCUGGCUGUUCUGAUCGCCACCAUGAUUGCAUUGAUCUCUCAGCGUUUCUCUUCUCCUGUGGGUUCCAGUCUGUUCUGUACACUCAUUGAAUUUCUUUCUUAAACUUGCGCUUUCUACCAUCUGGGGGAAAAUAAAGAGUUCUUCUUGAAGGUGUCCUUAGAGCUGCCAUUACUCUAGAAUAGUGUUUCCUAGCCUAUACUUUUCAAGUUUCUGUUUUUUUUUUGUUGUUUUUUUUUUGUCGUUGUUGUUGUUUUUUUUAGAAUCCUGCGAGAUGCUUUGUUAGUUCUUUUAUAUAUUUCAUUUUAGAUAUUUUUUUAUGUCUUGUUCCAAGAUUUCGUGUAAUGAAAUCCAGUUAAAAUGUUGAGUUGAAAUUAUUUUGUUUCUAAAUAAAGUUGGAAAUCCUUCAACAAA